AUGAACACCGCUCACAAAAAAAAAUGUUUAGACGUCGAGAAAAAAGCGUUAACAUCAGUAGAAAGCCCGAAAGAGCACCGAUACCAUGAUGACGACUGUCUUAUUUAUCCAUCACGAUUGGGAAAAAACGCGUUAUCGAAUUGGUGGUAUUUAUCGGUUUAUGUUUCAGGUCUGGUACAAGUAAACAACUGGAAGGCUCUUCCAUUCGAACAAAUUACCGACAAUCCGGAUGAAACGGUUCAUUCGUUGUUUAAAGACAUUUCCGGUCAUAUCACACUGCGGAUCCUCACAAAACCGUAUGUUGCUGUUUUCAUCAUCUCAUCCGAUUCGGCCAGCACGCAAUGUAUAACAGAUCUCAAACAACGGCUACUAAAGACGGCUGUUUCGAAGAAUCCGCAGAUUCUAAACAGUGUGGAUAAUCAACAGAUAAAGGAGCUUAUCAAUCAAGUCAUUGCCGGCGACGAUCCGGCCAUCUUGAACCACGAGCAGAUAAACUCCAUCAACGAAUGGUUAGAAACGCUCGAACAAGGCGAUGAACGACGAAGGUUAGUCAAGCGACCAUUUAAUCGACGUUGCCGAAUACCGUCAAUCAGAAAAACAAAUACCACGAAGGCCGCAUAUCCCUCAUUGGAGCGGAUUACGAUAAUCUUGUUAGUCUACCGUAAUCCCAGCAAGUUGUGA